AUGUUUUUGCGUCAAAUACGUUCGUUCCAUGCUACUUCAAGGAAGUUCGAUCUGUCAAAGAUGACGAUUGUUGGUCGUGUUGGCAGUGAUUUUACCGAGUUUACUUCUGCCAAUAAUACUAGAUACUUGAAGUACAGUGUUGCCUCUCAACCAAGAAGAGAUGGUGCAACAAAUUGGUUCAACAUUACGGUUUUCAUUGAUCCACAAAUCAAUUUUUUGACCCAAUAUGUCAGAAAAGGGUACGUAUCUCGACCAUAUGGCGUUUUUAAUCUUCACAAGGAGGAAUUUUUACUAACAUUAUACACUGCAGUGCUUUGGUUUACAUUGAGGCUGACGCUGCUAACUAUACCUUCGAAAGAGAAGACGGCUCUAAGGGAACCACUUUGA